CAAUUUUAGUAAGUUUGAGCCAAGGAAGAAGAACACAUCUUUGCUGCAAUUUAUUUGGACAAGACAUGAGUGGAUGUCCGUACUUUGAGAAGAGGCAUUUGUUAUUCAAAAACAAGCCUCCAAAAACAGAAGAAGAAGAUGCCUCUCAGGUGGGGGUUAACAAGGCCAGUAAAGGAGGAAUCAUCUAUGGAGAUUAUCUGCAGCUCGACAAAAUAGUCACAGCACAGGUGUUGCAAAGUGAUCUAAAGGGUAAUAAGAUCCAUGAUGAACACCUCUUCAUCGUCACCCAUCAAGCCUAUGAACUUUGGUUCAAACAGAUUCUGUUUGAGCUCGACUCGGUGCGAGAGAUCUUCAUCAGUGGACAUGUCAGAGAUGAACGCAACAUGCUCAAAGUCAACACUCGCAUCCACAGGAUUGUAAUGAUCUUCAGACUGCUGGUUGACCAGUUUGCAGUUCUGGAAACAAUGACAGCCUUGGACUUUUUUGACUUUAGGGAGUACCUGGCCCCGGCCUCUGGAUUCCAAAGCCUUCAGUUUCGACUUCUUGAGAACAAAAUCGGGGUCCCAGACAACCAGCGAGUUCCCUACAACAGACGCCAUUACAGAGACAAUUUCAAGGGUCAUGACAGCGAGCUGCUCAUCGCCACUGAAAAGGAGCCACCCCUCUUAAAGCUUGUUGAGGAGUGGCUGGAGAGAACUCCUGGCUUGGAGGCGGAUGGUUUCAAUUUCUGGGCAAAGCUAGAAAUCAAUAUAUUUGAUGGGUUGAAUCAGGAGAGGGAGAAAAUCGAGAAAAUGGCAGAGUCUGAGGAGAAGGAGGAAUUAAUGGCCGAACUGAUGAAGCAGAGAGAGCUGUUCACUUCUCUGUUUGAUGAAAAGCGCCAUGACCAUCUUGUUAGCAAAGGUGAGAGGCGACUCUCUUACAAGGCUCUCCAAGGUGCUCUGAUGAUCUACUUCUACAGGGAAGAGCCGAGGUUCCAGGUUCCUUUCCAGCUGCUCACAUCCCUCAUGGACAUCGACACCCUCAUGACAAAAUGGAGAUACAAUCAUGUAUGCAUGGUGCAUCGCAUGAUUGGCAGCAAAGCUGGCACAGGGGGCUCAUCUGGAUACCACUACUUGAGAUCGACUGUCAGUGACCGCUAUAAAGUGUUUGUGGACCUGUUCAACCUGGCAACGUUCCUGGUGCCACGCCACUGGGUGCCCAAGCUGAACCCCAACGUUCACACGUUCCUCUACACAGCUGAAUGCUGCGACAGCUCCUACUGCAGCAGUGAAGACUCAGACUAAGAAAAGUCUCAGCAGUCUUACUUGGCUUCCUUUCUUUUACUAUCAUAACAUCACCAAAAACAGCUAAAAUAAUUUUUGUGACAAGCUAAGAACAUAUUUGAGAAGUAGCAGGUAAGCUCAGAUGUGUAUAAGAUAAGGUUUCAGAUAAGCAGAGACAUAAACAAAGGGCAUGUUUUGUCAAGGAAAUCAGGUCAAUUUGAAAUUAUAUUUAACCCGUAGAUUACUGCAUAGAAUAAUGGGGAAGGACUGGGUGAUAAGGCCUAUUAAAUCAUACAUUCUUAUAUUUUUAGCUAACUAGCUAAGUCUUUGUAUCUUGUGUCAGUAAAGAAAUAACAAACAGUUGUUACAAUACCAGAAUAAUAAACUUUAAUAUAAUUUUAGUAAAUAUUGAAACUUGUUUAAUACCACAAUGAAAAAAACAAAAGCCCACCCAGUUUGGAGAAAUUAUCCUUUUUCUUCAGUUUAAAAAAAGCACAUGAAAACCAAUGAAAUAUCUGUUAGAUAUAUUUCAUACCAUGAUGAUAUGAGAUUGUUGUUUUCCAUCUGAAAACAGUAUUACAAUUAAUUUGCAUUUUUUCACUGUAAUGUCAUGCAAGGUUACAAAUAUCUACUCUUUCAUGUCAUUAUAACAGUAAAAGCAUGUGAAACCCCCUGACAAUGGUUGAACAAAGAACAGAAGCACAUUGCUAGUUCAUUACCUCAAUCAGGCUGCAGCACUGAGGUUCAUACCCAACAAACUUGUGAAAGGCCUUGAACAAAUCAAACACUCAAAUGAGAGUAUUUUAUUCUAAUCUCAAAUUCUGACCGGUCAUAAAGUAUAGCAGAUGGCUCCUUGAUAAACUGUGCUUUGAUGUUUUCCCUAUAAAAUUAUGCAGAUUAUCUGUGUCUGACCUGAAAGCAAAUGGAUCACUGGGAGCAGUGAUCAAACUGGUGUGUUAUGAUGGGUUUUUCACAAACGCGUUAUCUUUCAUGUUAGCGCGGGGAGGGUGUCAGAGAGGAAGCCAUUUCAGACUACUGGGAUAAGGCUUAGGUGUGGUGAGAGAACAUAAAAGGACAAUAAAGCUCUGCAUAAAUAAUCAUCUCAACACCCAGAAUAUAACAAUUUGCACAGGAUAAAUGUGAAGCGAUGAAAUCUGUACAUAAUGUUAAUAAUGUAAUAAUGCAUUUUGUAUAUAUGCUCUAUGUUGUUAAAUUCAUUUUAUUUUGUAUUUAUGCAGUGAUUGACAUGAUCCCUGUAUAGAUAAAUGUAUGACCCAUAUCACCUUUGAUGUAUCUACCUUAUAUAUUUUAUAAGAUACAUUUUUGUACAGUGCAUCUAUUAUUAUAGUGUUUUUUGCAGUGUGUUGUGUGUCGAUCAUUCAUGAAAGAUCAAACAUGCAACUGCCUAUGAAAGUGAUUUAUUUUGUUUUAGUGAUGUAACACUAUGACAUUUCAAUAAAAAGACUAUUUAAAGAGA